AUGGUGUUCUUUCGACGCUCUGUCAACGAGAAGGCGGGAGAUAGUGCGAGAUCAUCGAGCAAUGAUUUCGUUUCGUCGCACGAGAUUGUGUCAACUGCAGGCGACUUGAAAUUCGUGGUCGAACAAGGAGGAAAUGGCUCACAACCAUCUUACCAGGAGGUCUCUGGUGCGCCAGUCGAGGCCAAUUCUUCGCUCGGAUAUGCUGUUGGCCCUGUGACUAUCGUCUUGAUCAACAUCAGUAAGAUGAUAGGAACUGGUGUCUACUCAACACCGGCAACCAUCUUAAAAGGCACAGGCUCUGUCGGAACCAGUCUGAUCUUUUGGGCUCUCGGUCUCCUGACAUCAGGAACUUCGCUCGCGGUGUACCUCGAAUUUGCAUCUUACUUUCCGAACCGAUCUGGCUCAGAAGUCGUCUAUCUGGAGCAAGCUUACCCUCGACCAAAGUACUUCUUUCCUAUCGCUUUUGCAGUCCAGACGGUUAUUCUGUCGUUCAGUAGUGGAAAUGCAAUCGUGAUGGCUCAGUACCUUUUCAAAAUAGGUGACCACACCCCUUCAGCCUGGGAACAGAAAGGUGUCGCUAUUGCCUGUUACACCUUGGUCACGCUUUUGUUGAUUUUCCAUACCAAGACCUCUUACCGCAUUUCCAAUGUUAUUGGAAUCAUCAAAGUUCUGACUCUGGUCUUCAUCGCCAUCACUGGUCUCGUUGUUCUAGGCGGACACACCAGAGUCCAAGACCCUUAUGCAAACUUCCGCAAUGCUUUCGAAGGCAAGGCGACUGGCUACGGCAUGACCAACAGUCUUGUCAAGAUCAUCUUUUCGUAUGCCGGCUAUGAGAACGCGUUCAACAUCGUCAAUGAGAUCCAAAACCCUGUCAAGACCAUCAAAAGGAAUGCAUCCUACUCUUUGGUCGCAGUGACCAUCCUCUAUUUGCUCGCAAACAUCGCUUAUUUCGCUGCUGUACCCAAGAGUGAUAUCAUGACUUCAGGCGUGACAGUUGCAAGUCUUUUUUUCACCAAUGUAUUCGGUCAUGCCAAAGGUGUCAAAGUCUUCAAUCUGCUCAUCGCUCUGAGCGCAUUCGGAAACCUGAUUGCCGUACAAAUCGGGCAGUCUCGAUUGAUCAGAGAGUGUGGAAGGCAAGGUGUUUUGCCCUUCCCAAAGUUCUGGGCAUCCACAAAACCAUUCGGUACUCCAAUUGGACCUUACUUUACCAAAUGGAUCGUCACUAUUAUCAUGGUCCUUGCGCCUCCAGCUGGUGAUGCCUUUAAUUUCAUUUCCGACCUGCAGAACUAUCCAGCUUCUGCUUUCGCAUUCACAAUGUCAAUAGGAUUGUACAUUGUGCGUUAUCGUCGCAAGAAGCUGGGCGUUCCAAGGAGCGAGUUCCGCGCUUGGGACGCUGCCGUGAUCUUCACCAUCCUGCAGAACUUGUAUCUACUGAUUAUGCCUUGGUACCCACCAACAGGAGGAGCCACCGGCGGAGAUGUUAGCUUCUGGUAUGCAACUUAUUGUGUUGCCGGUAUCGGAAUUCUUCUAGCUUGCGGUGUGUACUACUAUUCCUGGAUUUACUUGCUACCGAAAUGGGGAGGAUAUCGGAUCAAGCAAGAAGUCGUUGUUCUCGGAGAUGGAUCAAGUACCAACUCGUUGGUCAGAGUACCAUUGAGCGAAUUGGAAAGAUGGGACCAAGACCAUGAUGCGGCAGGAAGAAUCGUUGUUUCAGGCAUCCGUGUCGAGACCAAGAACGAAGGUCGUCCUGAGCAGGUGUAG